AUGGAUAAGGGCUUAGUCGCAGGCACCGUGACGUACGGUCUGUCUCAACAGCUGGCUGGGUUCCCCUGUCGGCAAAUAUAUCCUCGUCGAGUGCAAGCGGAAGCUCAGCCCAACAGGGGUAUACCAAUUGACGAGGGUAUCGCUCACGUCGAUGCCGCUGAGCCUUCCUCUCGAGAUGGAUCCAUUGCCGCCAUCCGCACCAUCACGGAGAGCGACCUAGUCGAGUCUCCCAGGUCGGAAGGGAUGGGUGUUGGGCGAUCUGGCUUGGAUGGAUCGCGCUUGAGGGUGAUCUGGUAUGGGUGGAACGCCUACUGUUGUAUAAGCUGCCCACCCAUGCUGCCCGAGGAGACUGGACCAAGUCGAAUUGGCAGAGGCUAUCGUCGAUGCGCCCUUCAGAUCCUCCACUCUGCCGGUCAGCCAUACACCCCCUCCACAGCCCUCCCAUCGCUUACCCGUCUUCCCUCCUGCUCACGACAACACCUCCGGGCCAAACGAGGCCCUCUCAUCGACAGCCAUCCUCCAUCUCCUCCUCUCCAACCCACUACCUUCACCGGGCGCCCUCGGCGCACUGCCGGAUUCCUCCCCAGUGCGUCCAGCGACUGGGAAAAACUCCAUAAGCAACUCGUCGCUCUCGGUCACACCUACCCGGAGUGCCACAUACACCCCGAUAUCGUCGUCUGGAACAACAUGAAAGACCGCCUCACCUGGGCUUCGGAUCCCGAGAAUGACGCCUACCGGUGA